AUCUCAUAUCCUUUCAAUAUGACUGCGAUGAUUUGAUGUUCCUCAUUUGUGAAUUUGAUUUGCUCUAUAAUAUCAUUUGUAGACUGACCAGAGCUCGAGCAAUGCGAAAGCAUCAAUUAAGAUGCGGAAAAUCGCAGGAAUUGUACUUAUGCAGAACAUGGCAGGAUCUUUCAGGUUUAUCACCAGCUUCUGGCAAAUCAAAGAAAUUGAAUCUGUCAGUCUGUCAGUCUGUCAGGCUAGCUGUGCUAACAGUCCUUGAUCAUGGUGAACCAGCAAAAGCUGUCUGCUGCCAAUAUGGAACUGCGUGCCCGGAAAUAUCUUCCUGGCCAUCAGAUAACAAUACACACGAAGAUAUGCGAAAGCUCUUCACCAUAAUUAUGUCACACUGAGCUCUAAAUAACUGAAGCUUCCAAUCUACAAUUUAUACCAAAUGCAGCUACUCUAAUACAAAAUGUCUGAAGAAAUAUCAUUAAGCGGUCCACCUCAAGAUAUCCAUGAAAAGCAGCUGGCUAGUAUCAAAGCAUUAGCCCAACCUGAGACGAAAUACAUCGAUGACCCUAUCAAAACAGAGUCAAAUAAACUCGUCGCAGUCGCAUCUCCUACAGACGCGACGGUGGAGGACGCGUUAGCGCGGGUCCAGAAAUAUACGAGAAUCAGCAAAAGGGACAAUACGGACAAGAUACUAAGUGAAAUGCUGAAAGAGCUAUCACCGAAUGGGCAAAGGAACUUGACCAAGGAUAUAAUGGACCGGAGUGAUGGAAGUUUAAGGGACCAUGCACAGGAAAUCAAGCGCUGCAUUUUCACGCCCAUGAAAGCCACACAACCCAAUAGUACACCAGCCGAGGAGCCUACAAACGACACGACAAAAGUCACAGGCAGCCAGCUACGGCUUAAGCAACUCUGCCUAUUACGGGACGAGAAUAAAUGCGUUAUAACCGGAGUUCACGACAUCGGAGCAACCAAAGAUAUGAUGAUGGCGAAGGCAAAAAACCAGACAACAGUGACAAAGUGUACUCGUGUAAUACCUUCCUCUAUAUUCCCGCAACGGUCCGAUGGCGAGGUAGAUUCAGACAAGUUGCGCGAUUAUGCAAAAACCUGGGCACUAAUCUAUCGAUACUUCCCAGAAUUCAAACUAGCAAUCGAUGUCCGGCGUCCAGGGAUGAUAAAUAGUCCUCGAAACUCGGUGACGCUCUGGGAGCCUAUACAGAGAGCGUUUGUUGAUUUUUCUCUGGCCUUGAAGCCUAUUGGUGACUGCCGCUACAAAAUCAUAACUUACAAUGGCUCUUCUGCUGUUUUGGAUGCACUCCCUACAGACCGUGAGAUUGAGCUUCAAACUGAUAGCAACGUUGAGUUACCUGACUUGGAGCUACUUGGGUUUCAUUAUGCCAUUGCGAAUGUGCUCCAUGCAGCUGGACUAAGCGAACAAAUUGACCAGGAUAUUAAGAUUGAUGAGUCUAGAUGCCUUCGACAUGACGGUAGCGCAGAUACCGGAGGUGUUCUGGCAUAG